CUGGCCCAGCUGUCGGACCUGGGAAAUUCUUCUCCUCGAAACCCCGAAGCGCUCGCGGGCGUCGCCGCGGUGCAUUCUGGGAGCGGUAGUUCUCUGGGCUGCAGAGGAGAAUGGCUCCGGGCGGGAACAGGACGCUGAGAGAACUACAUGCAGGAGGCGGGGUCCAGGACGAGGGACUACGCGGCUCGCGGUGGCGAAGGCGGCUUUAGUGGCAGCAUGAAGCGCACCCCGACUGCCGAGGAACGAGAGCGGGAAGCUAAGAAACUGAGGCUUCUUGAAGAGCUUGAAGAUACUUGGCUUCCUUAUCUGACCCCCAAAGAUGAUGAGUUCUAUCAGCAGUGGCAGCUGAAAUACCCUAAACUAAUUCUCCGAGAAGCUGGCAGUGUAUCCGAGGAUCUCCACAAAGAGGUUCAAGAAGCCUUUCUCACGCUGCACAAGCAUGGCUGCUUAUUUCGGGACCUGGUUAGGAUCCAAGGCAAGGAUUUGCUCACUCCGGUGUCUCGCAUCCUCAUUGGUAACCCAGGCUACACCUACAAGUACCUGAACACCAGACUCUUCACGGUACCCUGGCCAGUGAAAGGUUCUAAUAUAAAAUACGGCGAGGCUGAAAUAGCUGCUGCUUGUCAGACCUUCCUCAAGCUCAAUGACUACCUGCAGAUAGAAACCAUCCAGGCUUUGGAAGAACUCGCUUCCAAAGAGAAGGCUAAUGAGGACGCCGUGCCGGUGUGUAUGUCUGCAGAUUUCCCCAGGUUUGGCAUGGGGUCCUCCCACGACGGACAAGAUGAAGUGGACAUUAAGAGCAGAGCAGCAUACAAUGUAACUUUGCUGAAUUUCAUGGAUCCUCAGAAAAUGCCAUACCUGAAAGAGGAGCCUUAUUUUGGCAUGGGGAAAAUGGCAGUGAGCUGGCAUCACGAUGAAAAUCUGGUGGAAAGGUCAGCGGUGGCAGUGUACAGUUAUAGCUGUGAAGGCCCUGAGGAGGAGAGUGACGAUGACUCUCAUCUCGAAGGCAGAGACCCAGAUACUUGGCAUGUUGGUUUCAAGAUCUCUUGGGACAUAGAGACACCUGGUUUGGCAAUACCCCUUCACCAAGGAGACUGCUAUUUUAUGCUUGAUGAUCUCAAUGCCACCCACCAACACUGUGUUUUGGCUGGUUCACAACCUCGGUUUAGUUCCACCCACCGAGUGGCAGAGUGCUCAACGGGAACCUUGGAUUACAUCUUACAACGCUGCCAGUUGGCUCUGCAGAAUGUCCGUGACGAUGUGGACAAUGGUGACGUCUCUUUGAAAUCCUUCGAGCCUGCAGUUUUGAAACAAGGAGAAGAAAUUCACAAUGAGGUGGAGUUUGAGUGGCUGAGACAGUUUUGGUUUCAAGGCAAUCGAUACAAAAAGUGCACUGACUGGUGGUGUCAACCCAUGACUCAACUGGAGGAGCUAUGGAAGAAGAUGGAAGGCGUGACAAAUGCUGUGCUUCGUGAAGUUAAAAGAGAGGGGCUCCCUGUGGAACAAAGGAAUGAAAUCUUGACUGCCAUCCUCGCCUCGCUCACCACACGCCAGAACUUGCGGAGGGAAUGGCAUGCCAGGUGCCAGUGUCGAAUUGCCCGAACGCUGCCCGUGGAUCAGAAGCCAGAAUGCCGGCCAUACUGGGAAAAGGAGGACCCUUCGAUGCCUCUGCCGUUCGAUCUCACAGACGUUGUCUCAGAACUCAGAGGUCAGCUCCUGGAAGCCAAGCCCUAGAAGGAGCACAAGUCUUAGGUGGAGGAGAAGAAUAUGUCUUUGGCUUUUCUCCUGCAACCUUGUCAUGGGCUUGGGUGAGGGCGGUGUAGACUUCUCUUGGUCCUUAGAUUGUGGCACCUGGGUCCCAGUUGGAAACAGCCAGGGAAUGGAGCCUGUGAAUUUUUAACUGUUUAAAUAUGGCACAGUCUUAUAGUCUGAUUUGGUAUUACACAAGAAUUUUCCUCCAAAAACACUUCCCCACUUGGAUUUUUUAAUGUGAGCCAGUCAGCCACCAAGGGCCAAGGAAAGCCACAGGGAUGAGCCCAGCGCGUGACAAAACCUAACCUACCUUCCUCCUUCCCAAGCUUUUUCAGAGGCUCUAGAGUGGACCAGUCAUCUGGGGAAAGACAGAACUAGGAACAUCCAUCCCAGCUUCUCACCACACCCUCUAGAAGCCGCGCUGUGCAAUGGUAGCCACUAGCUAGCUGUGGCUACUUAAAUUUAAAUUCAGUUUCAGUUUUAAUUAAAAAUUCUGUUCCUCGGUUGUCCUAGCCACAUUUCAAGUGCUUAAUAGCCACAUAUAGCUAGUGACGACCAUAUUGGACAGCACAGAUGUAGAAAAGUUUCAUCAUGAUAGAAAGUCCUGUUAGACAAUGCUUCUAUAAAAAGUCUGAAAGCAGGAAUUCUUUUUCCCAAUUCUCUCUCUCUCUCUCUCUCUUUUUUUUUAUUCACUUAGCCUUGACUUGAAACUCUUCUUUUCCAAUUCUCUAUACUCUCUAUCCCUGUAGGAGAAACUAAAAGAGAAAUAGCUCACGGAAGAGCAGCCUCUUUCCCUUCUCUAAGAUGUGCCUGAGUCUCAGUGUGAGUUAGGAAUCCUACACUGUGCACACAGGAAUAAGGCGGAGUUGACAAUUCAAAUAAAGUCGGUGUCCUGUCUUUAGGGGGUUCCCAGAUCUAAUGAAAGAGGCAGCCCCCUUUCCGUUGCUCCGUGGAUUUAACCAGCACAGUAUAGUUUUUCUAUAAAUGCCCCAUUCACAUGUGAUGACGGCUGGAAUCGAGGCUUAGAGAACCCAGUGCCCCACCCUGGUGACAUUGGGACGUCGGAGAGACAAUGGAGAUUAGAAGUUAAAAUCUGGGCUCUGGCUUUAGAGCGCCUGGAUAAAGACUCCCACUAACUUCUGUGACCUUUGACACGUUGUUGUUCCUCAGUUUCCUCAUCUGCAUAAUGGGGCUACACUAAAGGCACCAACUCCCAAGGUGAAGUUUAAGUGAGGUGAUCUAGUACAGACUUAGAACCCUUUCUGGCACGUAAUUAAAUGCCCAGUGAAUAUUAGUGUUAUUAUAUACCAGUACGCUGACCUGGGUGUAGAUGUUUUCUUCUUUUCUCAAUCCCUGUGCCAGUUUUGGUGCCAUUCACACAUCUCCCCCUUUCUGGCCUGGCUCCUGUCCCUUGGUAUCCCCAGAAAUCUUGAGAAUGGUGAGCCCCUCCCCCGGCCUGUUGCCUUCUCUUGUAACUAUUCUCAGUAGUUCAGCAGCUGAAGAGCCUGUGCCCACUGACAGGUGCGCUGAGACCACCACUUUCCUGCUGUCAGAAUCUCAGUGGUUCAAGGUACGCGCCCAUCGCCAGGGAGGUGACAGCCACAGAAAAGUCGUGUUCCACAAAGCAGCCAGGGCCCCAUCCUGUUGACACUCGAGUCUCUCAGACCUUAGAUUAACUCCCUGAUGUCUUUGGACCUCGAUUUCCUCAUCAGUAAGAGAGAGGUGAGGCCCUACCUCACAGGGUUGUUACAGAGAUGAAAUGACAUAGGUAAGGGGCGAGCGGCGCGUGGAAAUCACAGGUUGGGCACCCACAGGCCAUCCAGCCCAGUGUGUCGUUUAACCCCCAGGAUGUCUGUUCUUUGUCGUAUUUCAGUAGGUGCCAGUAUUGAAAAAUUGGGAGAGUUCACAUAAAAUGUAAACGUGCGUGUUCUCUUUAGAAUCCGGAACACCUAGCAGUCCUAGGCCUCCGUCUUAGCGUGGCCACGCGCCAAGUAGCGUCUUCCUGCUCCGAGGUGGGGUGCGGACCCUCCUCCGUUUGCCCCGGCGCUGCCACUCCCCCGUGCCGCUUCCCGCAGACCUGACCGCUCUGCCCUGCGUGUCCGCGCUCUGCGAACCUGCUUGCUCGCACCCCUGCAGUAGAAAUAAAUCAUGUGUAGCGCUCA